AUGCCGAUGUUUCAGCCAUAUAGAGGCGAUGGGUUUGAUGGGCAUGUCUUAGAUCUAGGCACGGCGGUUAAAGACGGCGUUAUCAGCGGCGGAGAUGGGAAAAACGUGGUGGUUGUUGAGAAAUUGGAUUUGAAGAAGAUGAUUACAGAGCUUGAAUUACCCGAAAUACCCUCUGUUUUCAUCUGUCCAAUCUCUCUGGAACCGAUGCAAGAUCCAGUGACAUUGUGUACUGGUCAAACCUACGAGAGGUCAAACAUUCUCAAAUGGUUCAAUUUAGGACACUGCACUUGUCCAACGACGAUGCAAGAGCUUUGGGACGAUUUGGUCACUCCAAACAAGACGCUUCACCAAUUGAUCUACACUUGGUUUUCGCAAAAGUAUGUUUUGAUGAAGAAAAGAUCCGAAGAUGUUCAAGGAAGAGCGAUUGAGAUUUUGGGGACAUUGAGAAAAGCUAAAGGGAAAGGUAAAGUUCAUGCCUUGAGUGAGCUUAAGCAAGUUGUGUUGGCUCAUGAAAUCGCUAAGAAGACUGUUGUUGAUGAAGGUGGAGUCUUUGUGAUCUCUUCUCUUUUAAGUCCUUUUACUUCUCAUGCUGUUGGAUCUGAAGCUAUAGCGAUUCUUGUGAAUCUUGAACUUGAUUCUGAUUCCAAACUUGGAUUGAUGCAACCAGCUAGAGUUUCUUUGAUGGUUGAUAUGUUAAAUGAUGGUUCGAUUGAGACUAAGAUCAAUUGUGCUAGGUUGAUUGGAAAGUUGGUGGAGGAGAAAGGUUUUAGAGCAGAGCUUGUUUCUAGUCAUAGUUUGCUUGUUGGAUUGAUGAGAUUGGUUAAAGAUAGGAGAUGUAGAAACGGUGUUUCGCCUGCGUUAACGCUGCUUAAAUCGAUUUCGGUUCAUAAACAAGUCAGGAGCUUGAUGGUUAUUGUUGGAGGAGUUUCUCAAUUGGUUGAUGUUUUGCCAUGUUUGGAUCCAGAGUGUUUGGAAUCUGCUCUUUUCGUGUUGGAUUCCUUGUGUUUAGAAGUCGAAGGAAGAAUGGCUUUGAAAAAUUCGGUUAACACGAUUCCUAACACCGUUAGGUUAGUGAUGAGAGUAUCUGAGAAAUGCACAAACUACGCGAUUUCAAUUCUUUGGUCAGUUUGCAAAUUAGCUUCUGAAGAAUGUUCACCUGUUGCUGUUGAAGUUGGUUUAGCUGCAAAGCUUCUGCUCGUGAUCCAAAGCGGAUGCGAUCCAGCUUUGAAGCAGCGUUCCGCUGAGUUAUUGAAGCUAUGUAGUCUACAUUAUUCAGACACAAUGUUUAUUUCGAAAUGUAAACUCACAAGAACAAUCCAAUGA